AUGUUUUCUGGACUUGAGGACGACAUUGUCAGAUUGUCCACAGAUGUUUUCCGUCGUUUAAAUCUAGCUUUAAAAGACGAGUUUGAAACAUAUACAAAAGACAAAAUUAUGGAAGCCGUUUCCUGGUCAUGGAAGGACGACGACGAGUCAUUUAAGGAAUACACGCGAGAAGCGACUGUGGCAUUAGAGAACGCACGACAAGCUGGUGAGAGAAUCGUAGAUAUUACCGCAAGCGGUAGAAAAUACAAAGUCGAAAUUUCGAAAGGGGUUCAAAAGGGAAUUGGAAAAGCAGUAAGAGAAGUCAAAAGGGAAUUGAGAAAUACAGACACUAGUGCAGAUCUUCCAUUAUGUUGGACUGAUCCAGAAGGCCGUGGUCACGACUAUCCACUGUACAAGUACAAACUCGAUCGAACUGACAGAGAAUUUAGAAACGUCAGUGAUGCAUUUACAUCUACCGGUGGUACAGGGAGCAUAACGUCUCUAGAGCGUAUUCAGAAUCCCAAAAUGUACAGAAGCUAUCUCAAUGAAAAACGGUACAUUGCGAAAACGCGUAGUAAAGAAAUUGUGUCGGGAAAAGCUGUACUACAAGUGCAAGGAUGGCAUGGAACAGACGCUGAGACGAUUGAGCAUAUAAUAACCAAUGGAUUUAACAGGUCUUACUCAGGAAAAGCAAAUGCAAAAUAUUACGGAUCCGGUAUUUACUUUGCAAACAACGCUGCUUACUCAUGUGAUCCUAAGUACUCCAGAGUUGAUUCAAACAAUGAGAUAAAAUUGUUGUACUGCGACGUCCUGCUUGGAAUGUCUACUGUUGGAACGGAAGACAUGAUUGAACCUCCGGUCAUUAAUCCUGUGGCAAGUCUGACGGACAGGUACGACUCGACGACGGGCAAACAAGGAGAUCAUAUUAUCUAUAUCAGCUGUUACAAAGACAACAGGGCAUAUCCAACAUACCUUGUGACGUUUACUUAG